CAGGGUCCUUCGUAUCUCUCUGGCGCAACCGGUGGCUCUGGAAGGUUCUGGUCGGAUCGAGACACUCAUCCGAAUCUGAGCCCAUCCUGCACUAUUUCAAUCUUUAGUGCGGCUGGAGUGAGAUUAUUCCAUCAAGACAUCCUUCAGGACUGUAACUACACACAUUUGAGCGAAAAUGCCCGAAUUGAUGGCAGCACCAAGGGGUCCGAGUGGAGGCAAAAACAAAGGAGGGGCGUAUGUGGACCGUGACAAGCCUUCACAGAUUCGUUUCAGUAACAUUAAUGCCGCUAAAGCUGUUGCAGAUGCUGUUAGGACGAGUUUGGGACCAAAGGGCAUGGACAAAAUGAUCCAGGAUGGUAAAGGAGAUGUGACAAUUACCAAUGACGGUGCCACCAUUUUGAAACAGAUGCAAGUGAUCCACCCCGCAGCACAAAUGUUGGUGGAGCUAUCCAAAGCUCAGGACAUUGAGGCUGGGGAUGGCACCACGUCUGUGGUGGUUAUUGCCGGAGCACUCCUGGAAUCCUGCGCCAAACUGUUACAGAGAGGUAUCCACCCGACCAUCAUCUCUGAGUCCUUCCAGAAGGCUGUGGACCAGGGCGUUGAGGUGCUGAGCUCCAUCAGUACCCCCGUGCAGCUGAGCGACCGCGAGACCCUGCUCAACAGCGCCACCACCUCGCUGUGUUCCAAGGUGGUAUCGCAGUACUCCAGCCUGCUGGCCCCCAUGUGCGUGGACGCCGUCAUGAAGGUCAUCGACCCUGCCACGGCCAGCACCGUGGACCUGAGGGACAUCAACGUGGUCAAGAAGCUCGGAGGGACCAUUGACGACUGUGAGAUGGUGGACGGUCUGGUUUUGACCCAGAGGGUGGUGAACUCCGGCACAUCCCGCGUGGAGAAGGCCAAGAUCGGACUCAUCCAGUUCUGCCUCUCCCCUCCCAAGACAGACAUGGACAACCAGAUCGUGGUGUCCGACUAUGCUCAGAUGGACCGCGUGCUGCGUGAGGAGAGGGCCUACAUCCUCAACCUCGUCAAGCAGAUCAAGAAGUCCGGCUGCAACGUCCUGCUCAUCCAGAAGUCCAUCCUCAGGGAUGCGUUGAGCGACCUGGCGCUGCACUUCCUCAACAAGAUGAAGAUCAUGGUCAUCAAGGAGAUCGAGAGGGACGAGAUCGAGUUCAUCUGCAAGACCAUUGGCACCAAGCCCAUUGCCCACAUCGACCAGUUCACCCCAGAGAUGCUGGGCACCGCCGAGCUGGCAGAGGAGGUCAGCCUGGACGGCUCUGGCAAACUCGUCAAGAUCACGGGCUGUGCAAACCCAGGCAAGACUGUGAGCAUCGUGGUGCGCGGCUCAAACAAGCUGGUCAUUGAGGAGGCUGAGCGCUCCAUCCACGACGCCCUGUGCGUCAUCCGCUGCUUAGUCAAGAAGAGGGCCCUCAUCGCAGGUGGCGGCGCCCCUGAGAUCGAGCUGGCUCUGCGGCUGGCGGAGUACUCGCGCACCCUGGGGGGCAUGGAGGCCUACUGCGUGCGGGCCUACGCAGACGCCCUUGAGGUCAUCCCCUCCACACUGGCCGAGAACGCCGGACUCAACCCCAUCUCCACGGUGACCGAGCUGCGCAACCGCCACGCCCAGGGAGAGAAGACCGCCGGCAUCAAUGUCCGCAAGGGUGGCAUAUCCAACAUCCUGGAAGAGCUGGUAGUGCAGCCUCUGCUGGUGUCCAUCAGUGCCCUGACCCUCGCCACGGAGACAGUGCGCAGCAUCCUCAAGAUCGACGAUGUGGUGAACACCCGAUAAGGAGUGACUUCAGAGGUCAACCAAUGUCAACACUCCUGUCUUGGGAACGUGCUUGCGAGAGAGGAAUCCACCCCCUGUCACCCCCUUCAAAAAAUGUCUGAUGCCAUGCGUACUUGUAGUUGUUGUCCUCUUGCCUAAUUUAAUAUCAAAUAAAAGAACGUUACACAUUUUGUUUUUCCACAGACUUCAGCACUUUUGUUUUUCUUUUAUAUCUUUGUUUUCUGUUUUCUUUCUGUGGUGGUGACAACUGUUUGACCUCCAUGGCCUUGGAUGACAAUGAGCCAACUGCACUGGUCUGACACUGAUUAGUGGUUAAUCCUUAAAUCUGAUUUUCAGGAGAUGGCAUGUAAACUCAGCGUAAUGAUGAUAGUUGGCCGGUGGAAGGACCAUUUUUGUAUUAAAAAGAAUUUGAUUUGUCUCAGUACAAUAAAUGGCAACGAUGGGCAAGCAGAAACUA